GAGGGUCUUAGUAAUGGAAUAUAUUGACGGAAUCCCAAUUCUAAAGCUUGGAGAUGAAAUAGCUAAAAGAGGCAUAAAUCCUGGUGGUAAGAUCGCAGCUCGGCAAAGAGGUACCUUUUCUGAUGGUGUCUAGGCAAAUUCCAUGAUAAUAUUCAAAUGACAAACUAAAUUGCACAAAAAACCCUAGACCAAGGGAAAUCAUUUCACCUUGAAUGUGGUAUCCUCUCUCAAAAGGCAUCUCCACGGCUUCCUUCUUCUUGAACAUCCUUAAAAGUUUGGCAGUUGCUUAUGGACAAAUGAUACUGAAGAGUGGUUUCUUCCAUGCAGAUCCCCAUCCUGGAAAUAUUCUGAUCUGUAAAGGUUCUGAGGCAAGUAGGCAACCAAACUUUACUACCGUACUAGAAAGCACGGAUACAGAUACGAGAUACGGAUAUGAUACGAUACGGGUUGCCUUGCUUGACUACGGGCAAGUGAAAGACCUUCCAGACAAUUUAAGGCUUGGAAAUGCUAAUCUGGUUAUUGCUAUUGCUGACAAGGAUCCUGUAAGGGCAUCAGAGAGCUACAGGGAGCUGGGCACACAUACCUUAAUCAAGUGUGAGGAUGGACAAAAGGAAAUGCUUAAGUUGGCACAGACAAUGUUUGAUACAAAGCUACAGCCUGGUGUGAAGAUGUUGCAACCUUUCUCUGAAGAAUCUUCAAUAAAAAAAAUUGCUGUUCAGGCUUUUCCAGAGGAACUGUUUUCCGUUCUUCGCAUGGUGCAUCUUUUGAGAGGACUUAGUGUUGGUCUGGGAAUCAACUACUCAUGUGCAGAGCAGUGGAGACCGAUUGCAGAAGAAACAUUGUAUCUUGCUGGCAGACUAAAAGGUGGAAUCAACAAUAGAACACAUCUGUCGUCAGGAGGUGAUGGAGCCAUUCUUGUAUUCCUCACUGGUUGGGAUGACAUUUCCAAGCUGCUUGAAAAAAUUAAGGCAAACAGUUUACUUAGAGAUCCCAGCAAGUUUCUUGUUCUUCCUCUUCAUAGUUCAAUGCCUACCAUCAAUCAAUGUGAAAUAUUUGAUCGCCCACAUGCCAAUGUGAGGUAUCCAUCUUUCUUGUUGAGGUUCUAUCUUUUGGGGAUGAUGGUUGAAUUUGUAAAGAAUGUGGCUGAUUUUGCUGCUGCUAGUGGAAAAAAGCACAUUGUUGUGCUUUCUAGCUUAGAUUUUGGACGGUGGCAAACAAUUGAUAUGUCAAGUGGUCUGCAUAUAUAUUACCUUUCUAGUGCCAGUAUGGAUGGAACAGAUGAUGACUGUGAGAGACUUGGGUGGAAAAGACUUCAGGAAUAUAACCCUGAGCAGAGGCUGUGGAAGUAUCUUAGCACCUUAGCUGAAGGAAAUGCUGAACUGGACGACAAUAUGGCUUUUGAAGAUGAACUGGGAGAAGAAGAUUACUAUCCAAGUUUGCCUUUUGCUGCCCUGUUUUCUUGUUUCAAGGCCAAAGGUUUGAAGGUCACUUGCUUAUUAUGUUAUUGCUCGGAAGGAGAUAAUAUACCAGAGGCUUUCCACCUUGCUGAUGCGGCAUGCAGUCUUUUGGGUCUGAACCCUAAUAAUUUUCAAGGCAAUGAAGGCAGCAAAUGGAUUGUCCCAUUUUCAUGGCAGACUGUGUAUGGACCUCCCCCAGAUAGGUCUCUCUUUUAGGUUUAACCCAAUGAGGUAGGUCAGCUAGGAUGCCGGAUUGCUUGUUGUAAUGUCGAGUUUUUAAAGAAUUGUAUAUUCAUCUUGGCCAUGUCAAGAUGACAUUACUUUUCUUUUUCUUUUUUCUUUUUUAAUGAUGCAAGCACAAAAAUGCUUUUUCUUUCCUUUUAUACGCUAAAUGCAAAUGGGACUUCAGUUUUUGUUUGAACCUGUAACCAUCUUUUUGGUUUAUAAUCUAGAAAGUAAGGGCAUGUUUGGUAU